UAUGGAGGCAAUUGCAGAACACGAUUUUAAUGCAACUGAAGGGGAUGAACUAAACUUUAAGAGAGGGCAAGUACUUAAGAUACUCAAUAAAGAUGAAGACCCUCAUUGGUAUAAAGCAGAAAUUGGCGGUAUAGAAGGCCUUAUUCCCUCAAAUUAUAUUCGAAUGAUGGAACAUUCUUGGUAUUUGGGUAAUAUUUCGAGGAGUGAUUCUGAGACACUCCUUCUAAAGCCAGGCAACCCUGACGGAGCCUUUCUCGUUCGACGUUCAGAAUCUUCCCCUGGAGAAUUUUCAAUUUCUGUCAGAUAUGACAAUGCAGUUCAACAUUUUAAAGUUCUGCGUGACACUAAACUCGGCCAGUACUACUUGUGGGCAAAAAAGUUCAACAGUCUGAAUGAGCUGAUUAAUUACCACAGAUCCAACAGCAUAUCCAAAACACACAACGUACUUUUGCGCUCAAUGGAUUCGGCAUUCUCCAAUAAACAUGGACUUGUACAAGCACUUUUCGAUUUCUCCCCACAAGAGGAAGGAGAACUUGGAUUUCAAAGAGGGGAUAUUAUUACAGUGACCAAAAGAGAAGAUGAAAAUUGGUGGGAAGGUACACUCAACAAUCAAAUGGGAAUAUUCCCUGCAACAUAUGUGUAA